CGCCCUGGCGGCGGCCCCGAGGGCGUUUCCGCUUCCGGGUGGGAGAGCAGACCGUUGCUAGGGGGAGCGGCGUUGCUAGGGGAGGCCUGGCCGCCGCCGCCAUGGCGGGGAACCGCAUGCAGAAGAUCGGGAGUGUGUUCAGCCGGACCCGCAACCUGCUCCGCGUCGGGGUGAUCGAGAAGCCGCUGUGGUUCGACGUCUACGCUGCCUUCCCCCCGUUGAGGGAGCCUGUCUACCGGGUGCCGCGGCCGCGCUACGGCAAGGUGAAGGAUGUUGUCCCCCCCAUCUUCUACCAGGAGGACGAAGUGCGAGCGAGAUUUUACAGAAUUUAUGGCAACGGUCCAAGACCUUUCGACCUGUUGCAAUCAAACUACAAAUCUACUUGCCAGAGGUUUGUUGAGAAAUUCAAUGAACUGAAAGAAGAAGGAAAAAUUGAGGAGGAAAAAUUGUUUGAAGAAACAGGAAAAGCCCUUUUAGCAAGUGGAAUAAUUUUACAAAGAAGAGGAACAGAUAAAGUAGCACAACAGGAUCAUCAAGGUGCUGAAACCAGAGAUUCUGUGUUACACCAGCAGCUUCAAACUGUGUUGGAAGAGAUACAGGAAAAGAAGAAAGAUCGGGAGGAGCAGACGCUGGAAUCAGCAGAAACACAGAAGGAAAAUCCUGUACCCUCCUAACAGGCGUGGUAGUGUCCUGUGACGGGAUGUCCUGUUGUCAGCUGGUGGUUAUGAGAUGUUUUCCUGUGGGGGAACAUGCCUCAGUUAUCCAGCUCUAGUGCCUUCCCUCGUCAUGUGUGGGGCGCACGUUCUUCCAUCUCCCCAUUCAUAAAAUUGGAGAUAAUCCCCUUUUUUGAGGUUCGGAAAUGUUAUCACAAAUUGUGAGUUGGAAAAUAUGAGUAUAAAAGUGAAAAAUUAAACAUUUUCUUUAAAAAUCGGA